CGAGCUGCGCGCGCGUCCGGGCGAGCCUCCCCGGGCCCGGCGCCAUGUAGCGGCCCCGCGGCCCGGAGGCCGCCCCGCGGCGGGGAUGAAGGGACGCGGCUGCUGGGAGACGGCCUCGGUGCGCUCCUUCUGCAGCUCGGGCUGCCUGAAUAAAUUUAAGAAGGAUGACUCUGGAGACGACGAGGAGGCCUCCUCGCCCGCGGACAAGAGCGAGCUCCAGCACACCCUCCGGAACCUCUCCCUGAAGCUCGACGACCUGAGCACCUGCAGCGAGCUCAUCGGCAAGCAUGGGGCGGCACUGCAGCGCUCGCUGAACGAGCUCGACGGCCUCAAGGUCCCGCCGGACAGCAGCGAGAAGCUGAAGGUGGUGAACGAGCGGGCCACGCUCUUCCGCAUCACCUCCAAUGCUAUGAUCAAUGCCUGCAGGGACUUCCUGGAGCUGGCAGAGUCUCAUAGCCGGAGAUGGCAGCGCGCGCUGCAGUAUGAGCAGGAGCAGCGGGUGCACCUGGAGGAGACCAUCGAGCAGCUGGCCAAGCAGCACAACAGCCUAGAGCGCGCCUUCCGCAGCGCCCCUGGCCUGGCCGCCAGCCCCGGCCAGAGCUUCAGCAAGGGAAGUCUCUUAACUUCCAAAGGAGAGGACAGUGAGGAAGAUGAAGAUACCGAGUACUUCGACGCCAUGGAAGACGCCACAUCCUUCAUCACCGUGAUCACCGAGGCCAAGGAGGACAGAAAAACUGAGGGUGAGACGGAGACCGACCCAGAUGACUGGAGCUCAUCAGACAAUGUGCUGGAUGGUGCCUCACUUGUGCCCAAGCCCCGUCCCAAAGUCAAGAGACGCGUCAGCAUCCCCGACAAACCCAACUACAGCCUCAACCUCUGGAGCAUCAUGAAGAACUGCAUUGGCCGGGAGCUCUCCAAGAUCCCUAUGCCGGUGAACUUUAACGAGCCCCUGUCCAUGCUCCAGCGGCUGACCGAGGACCUGGAGUACCACGACCUGCUGGACAAGGCAGUGCACUGCACCAGCUCCAUGGAGCAGAUGUGCCUGGUGGCCGCCUUCUCCGUGUCCUCCUACUCCACCACUGUGCACCGCAUCGCCAAGCCCUUCAACCCCAUGCUCGGAGAGACCUACGAGCUGGACCGGCUGGAGGACAUGGGCCUGCGCUCCCUGUGCGAGCAGGUGAGCCACCACCCGCCCUCGGCCGCGCACUACGUGUUCUCGAGGCACGGCUGGUCCCUCUGGCAGGAGAUCACCAUCGCCAGCAAGUUCCGGGGGAAAUACCUCUCCAUCAUGCCUCUGGGUGCCAUCCACUUAGAAUUCAAGGCCAGCGGGAAUCACUAUGUGUGGAGGAAGAGCACCUCGACCGUGCAUAACAUCAUCGUGGGCAAGCUCUGGAUUGACCAGACAGGGGAUGUGGAGAUUGUGAACCAUAAGACCAAGGACCGAUGCCAGCUCAAGUUCCUGCCCUACAGCUACUUCUCCAAAGAGGUUGCCCGGAAGGUGUCAGGUGUGGUGAGCGACGGCCACGGCAAGGCCCACUACGUGCUGUCCGGCUCGUGGGAUGAGCAGAUGGAGUGCGCCAAGAUCGUGCAGAGCAGCGCCAGCAGCACCACCGUGGAGGGGAGGCAGAAGACGGUGUACCAGACGCUGCCCGCCAAGCUGCUGUGGAAGAAAUACCCGCUGCCGGAGAACGCGGAGAAUAUGUACUACUUCUCGGAGCUGGCCCUGACGCUCAAUGAGCAGGAGGAGGGCGUGGCGCCCACCGACAGCCGCCUGCGGCCGGACCAGCGGCUGAUGGAGAGGGGGCACUGGGACCAGGCCAACGUGGAGAAGCAGCGGCUCGAGGAGAAGCAGCGCAUCUCGCGGCGUCGGCGGCUCGAGUCCUGCUCCCAGGGCUGCGGCUCCGAGGAAGCAGAAAAGGAGACGGAUCUGUACGUGCCGCUGUGGUUUGAGAGGAAGCUGGACCCGCUGACCGGAGAGAUGGCCUUCAUGUACAAAGGCGGCUACUGGGAGGCCAAGGAGAGGCAGGACUGGCACAUGUGCCCCAACAUCUUCUGAGCACCACCCCUUCCUGCAAAUAGAGGUGCCUGCACAGCCUGGUCCACCUUUUCUUGAGUGCACCACUUGAGUACUCCACACCAUCCCCGCCCCCCCC